CAAAUUCCAUCUUUUCCCUCUCCCAGGAAGGAAAAUGGGAAGCAGAGAAGGUGAUCCAGGUGCCCACCAAGAAAGUCCAAGGAUGGCUCCUCCCAGAAAUGCCAGGGCUGAUCACGGAUAUCCUGAUUUCCCUGGACGACAGAUUCCUGUAUUUCAGCAACUGGAUCCACGGCGACGUGCGCCAGUACGACAUCUCCGAGCCCAAACAUCCCAGACUGGUGGGGCAGGUUUUUCUGGGAGGCAGCCUCUGCAAAGGGGGAGCAGUGACGGUGCUGGAAGAUCGGGAAUUGCGGGAACAGCCGGAGCCCUUCGUCAUCCAGGGCAGGAAGGUGCCGGGGGGGCCGCAGAUGCUGCAGCUGAGCCUGGACGGGCGGCGGCUCUACGUGAGCACCUCCCUGUACAGCGCCUGGGACCGGCUCUUCUACCCCGAGCUGCUCAGGGAAGGCUCAGUGCUGCUGCAGCUGGACGUGGACACGGAGCGGGGCGGCCUGGCCGUCAAUCCCAAAUUCCUGGUGGAUUUCGGGAAGGAGCCGGGCGGGCCCUGCCUGGCGCACGAGAUGCGGUACCCGGGGGGGGACUGCACCUCCGACAUCUGGCUGUGAUCCCGGGAAUCCCGGGAAUCCUGCGGGAAUUCCGGGAAUUCCGGGAACGGGGAACGGCACCUCCGACAUCUGGCUGUGAUCCCGGGAAUCCCGGGAAUUCCGGGAAUUCCGGGAAUGGGGAACGGCACCUCCGACAUCUGGCUGUGAUCCCGGGAAUCCCAGGAUUUAUUUGGGAAUUCUGGAUUUGGGAAUUCACGGACUCCAACGUCCGCCUCUGAUCCCAGGAAAUUGCCGAUUUCUCCCAUUUUUUCCACCUCCUUUUCCCUCCCCAUCACUUUUUCCCUGGAGCUUGAUGCCAAAAUUCCAAUUCUGGAGCUAAAAAAUCAUUUUCUGAUAUUUCUGAUCAAAAAUCCCAAUAAAAUUCUCCUUCCAGCA